AUGUCGAUUCCUGGGUGUCCUUGUCAUUUGCUGAGUUUUAUUCUCCUCCUCCUCCUCUUCCAAAAUCUGUUUACGUCGAGAGAGAUAACGCUUUAUCUUACUUCAAUUUCCCCGAUUCUUUCUUUCUUUCUUUCUUUUUUUCUUUCUUUCUUUCUUUCUUUUCUUUUUUCUUUCUUUCUUUCUUUCUUUCAGUUUCCUCGAUUUUCUUUCUUUCUUUCUUUCUUUCUUUCUUUUUUCUUUCUUUCUUUCUUUUUUCCUUUUUCUUUCUUCUUUCUUUUUUUUUCUUUCCUUUCCUUUCUUUCUUUUUUCUUUCUUUCUUUUCUUUUUUUCUUUCUUUCUUUUUUCUUUCAAUUUGAUUCUUUUUUUCUUUUCUUUUCUUUCUUUCUUUUCCUUUCAAUUCUUUCUUUCUUUCUUUCGUUUCUUUCUUUUCCAAGUUCCUUUCUUUCUUUCUUUCUUUCUUUCUUUCUUCCCACAGUUUCCUCGGUUCUUUCUUUCUUUCUUUCUUUCUUUCUUUCUUUCUUUCACAGUUCCUCGAUUGUUUCUUUCUUUCUUUCUUUCUUUCUUUCUUUCUUUCACAGUUCCUCGAUUCUUUCUUUCUUUCUUUCUUUCUUUCUUUCUUUCUUUCUUUCUUUCUUUCACAGUUCCUCGAUUGUUUCUUUCUUUCUUUCUUUCUUUCUUUCUUUCUUUCACAGUUCUUUUUGUUUCUUUCCUUUUUUUCUUUCUUUCUUUUCCUUCAAUUCUUUUCUUUUUUUUCUUUCCUCAUUCUUUCUUUCUUUCCUCCUUUUCUUUCUUUCUUUUUUCUUUCUUUCUUCUUUCUUUCUUUCUUUCUUUCUUUCUUUCUUUCUUUCACAGUUCCUCGAUUGUUUCUUUCUUUCUUUCUUUCUUUCUUUCUUUCUUUCACAGUUCCUCGAUUGUUUCUUUCUUUCUUUCUUUCUUUCUUUCUUUCUUUCUUUCUUUCUUUCUUUCUUUCUUUCUUUCUUUUUCUUUUUCCUCGACAGUUCCUCGAUUGUUUUUUCUUACUUUCUUUUUCUUUUCUUUCUUUCUUUCUUUCUUUCUUUCUUUCACAGUUUCGAUUGUUUCUUUCUUUCUUUCUUUUCUUUUCUUUCUUUUCUUUCUUUCUUUCUUCCUCGAUUGUUUUUUCUUUCUUUCUUUUUCUUUCUUUCUUUCUUUUCUUUCUUUCUUUUUCUUUUCUUUUCUUUCUUUUUUUCCACAGUUCCUUCUUUGUUUCUUUCUUUCUUUCUUUCUUUUUUUUUCUUUCUUUCUUUCUUUCUUUCACAGUUUCCUCGAUGUUUCUUUCUUUCUUUCUUUCUUUCUUUUCUUUCUUUUCUUUCUUUCUUCUUUCUUUCUUUCUUUUCUUUCUUUCACAGUCUUUCUUUCACAGUUCCUCGAUUGUUUCUUUUUUCUUUCUUUUCUUUCUUUCUUUCUUUCUUCUGGUUUCCUUUUUUUCUUUCUUUCUUUCUUUCUUUCACAGUUCCUCGAUUGUUUCUUUCUUUUUCUUUUCCACAGUUUCUUUCUUUCUUUCUUUCUUUUUUUCUUUCUUUUUUCUUUUCUUUCUUUCUUUCUUUCUUUUUCUUUCUUUCUUUUCUUUCUUUCUUUCACGGUUCCUCGAUUGUUUCUUUCUUUCUUUUCUUUCUUUCUUUGCUUCAAUUCCUCGAUUUUUUUUCUUUCUUUUUUCUUUUCUUUUUUUCCUUUCUUUCUUUCUUUUCUUUCUUUCUUUCACAGUUCCUCGAUUGUUUCUUUCUUUCUUUCUUUCUUUCUUUCUUUCUUUCUUCCACUUUCUUUUUCUUUCUUUCUCUUUUUUCUUUCUUUUCUUUCUUUCUUUUCUUUCUUUUUUCUUUCUUUUGUUUCUUUUUCUUUCUUUCUUUCUUUCUUUCCUUUCAGUUCCUCGAUUCUUUUUCUUUCUUUUCUUUUCUUUUCUUUCACAGUUCCUCGAUUGUUUCUUUCUUUCUUUCUUUCUUUCUUUCUUUCUUUUUUUCUUUCUCAUUCUUUCUUUCUUUCUUUCUUUUUUCUUUCUUUUCACACCUUUUGUUUCUUUUCUUUCUUUUCUUUCUUUCUUUUCUUUCUUUUCUUUCUUUCACAGUUUCCUCUUUCAGUCUUUUCUUUCUUUCUUUCUUUCUUUCUUUCUUUCUUUCACAGUUCUCAAUUUUUCUUUUUCUUUUUUCUUUCUUUCUUCUCAGUUCCUCGGUGUGUUUCUUUCUUUCUUUCUUUUCUUUCUUUUUUCUUUCUUUUCCUCGAUUCUUUUUUCUUUCUUUUCUUUCUUUCUUUCUUUUUCAUUCCUGUUUCUUUCUUUCCCUUUCUUUCUUUCUUUCCACAGUUCCCUUUCUUUCUUUCUUUUUUUCUUUCUUUUCUUUCUUUCUUUCAACCUCUUUUUUUUCUUUCUUUCUUUUCUUUCUUUCUUUCUUUUUCCCAGUUCCUCGAUUCUUUCUUUCUUUCUUUCUUUCUUUCUUUCUUUCUUUCUUUCCUCAGUUCCUCAAUUUGGCUUUCUUUCUUUCUUUCUUUCUUUCUUUCUUUCUUUUCAUUCCUCGAUUUUUCUUUUCUUUUCCUCGAUUGUUUCUUUCUUUCUUUUCUUUCUUUCUUCCAUUUUUCUUUCUUCUUUCUUUCUUUCUUUUUCCUUCUUUCUUUCUGUUUUCCUCUAGAUUUUUUUUAUUUCUUUUUUUUCUUUUCUUUUCUUUCUUUCUUUUCUUUCUUUCUUUCUUUUUCACAGUUCCUCGAUUCUUUCUUUCUUUCUUUCUUUCUUUCUUUUUUCCCUCAGUUCUUUUCUUUCUUUUCUUUUCUUUUUCUUUCUUUUUCUUUUUCAGUUCCUCAGAUCUUUCUUUCUUUCUUUCUUUUUCUUUCUUUCUUUCUUUCUUUUUUUCCAUUUUCUUCUUUCUUUCUUUUCUUUCUUUCCACAUUUUCUUUUCUUUCUUUCUUUCUUUUCCCCCCUUAAUUCUUCGUUUUCUUUCUUUCUUUCUUUCUUUCUUUCACAGUCCUCAUUGUUUCUUUCUUCAUUUUUUCUUUUCUUCAAUUUUUCUUUCUUUCUUUCUUUUCUUUCUUUCCCAGUUCCUCGCUUUCUUUCUUUCUUUCUUUUUUCUUUCUUUCUUUCUUUUCUUCAUACAGUUCCUCGAUUGUUUCUUUUUUUUUGCUUUUCUUUCUUUCUUUCUUUUCUUUCUUCUGGUUCCUCGAUUGUUUUUUCUUUUUUCUUUCUUUCUUUCUUUCACACAGUUCCUCGUUUUCUUUCUUUCUUUCUCUUUCUUCUUUCUUUCUUUCACAGUUUCCUCGAUUUCGUUUCUUUCUUUCUUUCUUUCUUUCUUUCUUUCACAGUUCCUCGAUUGUUUCUUUCUUUCUUUCUUUCUUUCUUUCUUUCUUUCUUUCACAGUUCCUCGAUUCUUUCUUUCUUUCUUUCUUUCUUUCUUUCUUUCACAGUUCCUCGAUUGUUUCUUUCUUUCUUUCUUUCUUUCUUUCUUUCUUUUCCUCGGUGAUCCUUCUUUCUUUCUUUCUUUUCUUUCUUUCUUUCUUUCCAUUUCUCGAUUAUUUCUUUCUUUCUUUUUUUCUUUCUUUCUUUCACAGUUCCUCGAUUUUUUCUUUCCUUUUGUUCUUUCUUCUUUCCAAUUUUUUCUUUUCUUUCUUUCUUUCUUUUUUCUUUCUUUCUUUUCUUUCAUUUUUUUCACUUCACUGAUAUAUCUUUCUUUUCAUUUUUCUUCCCCAAUUCAUUCACCUUUUCUCAAAUUUUUUUUCCUCAAUUUUUUCUUUUCUUUCUUUCUUUCUUUUCUUUCUCUCUCACUUCUUCUUUCCUUCCUUCCUUCCUUUUCUUUAAUUUCUGUUUCCUUCAUUUUUAAUUUUUUUUUUACACCUUCUACGUUUCGUCUUUCUUUCCUUCGUUUUUUCCUUCAUUCCUUUCAUUUUUAUUUCUCUCUUUACUCACCUUUACCCACAUUUUACUUUUGUUCGUCUUCGUUCGUUUGUUCCUUCUUCAUUCCUUCCUUCACUCCUUUCUAUCUUUCUUCCUUUCACAUUUUUCUUUCCCUCUCUUUAAUUUUCGUUUCCCUCAUUUUUAAUUUUUACAGAUUCUUUCUUUCUUUCUUUCUUUCUUUCUUUCUUUCUUUCUUUCUAUUUAAUUACCGUUACCCACAUUUUUCUUCUUUCUUUCUUUCUUUCUUUUCCAACUUUCUCUCUUUUUCUUUCCCAUCAUUCCCUGUAAUUUCUUUCCUUACUUUUUUCUCCAUGGCUCUUAUUAGGCUUCAGAAAUUCUUCGUUUCUUUCUAA